UCCUCUUCUUACAUUCUUAUUACACAUACGUAUAGUUUUAGCUUUUUCAUUUUUCUCAAUUAAGGCCUUCGAGUGUGAAUUUCACAACUACUCACAAUUAUAUAAAUAGCUGAAUAUUAUCCCUUCAAUGUCUGUCUUUUAUAAUCCAAUCUUGUGAAAAAGUUGUGGAAAUUUUUUCAGUGAACAUUGUGAAGCCAUGCCCAUUCUGUUUGUCGGCAAAUUCAGAUAUCGAUAUAGAUAUAGAUAUAGAUAUAGCUACCCUUUGAUCCCGACAGCCCCACCUUUUAUCCCUUUUCUCUCGUUGUUACAUACUCGGUCGUUAGCUCCCCUUGUCAAACCUAUCAAUUGGAACACCACCCACAGUUUUGUUUGGAAAAAUCCGCUUCUUUCGAUCUUGGAAAGAUGUAAGUCAUUGGUGCAGUUGAAGCAAAUCCAGGCUCGGAUGACCGUGACGGGCUUGGUUGAUGAUGGUUUUGCUGCGAGUCGGCUCGUUGCCUUUUGUGCUCUCUCUGAAUCGCGGGCCCUUGAGUAUUGCAGUAAAAUCUUGUUUCAUGCACGAGAACCCAAUGUCUUUUCUUGGAACGUGACGGUAAGGGGAUAUGUGGAAAGUGGGAGCUUAGAAGGAGCUCUUUUGAUGUACAGGAGAAUGUUGCAGGGUGGUGUUUUGAAGCCAGAUAAUCAUACUUACCCUUUACUGAUUAAAGCUUGUUCUUGCCCAUCUUUAAAUUGGGUCGGUUUUACUAUACUUGGGCAUGUGUUGAAGUUUGGUUUUGAAUCAGAUAUAUUUGUGCACAAUGCUUCAAUCACUAUGCUACUCUCAUACGGAGAGUUGGAGGCAGCAUAUGAUGUGUUCAGUAAAAGUUGUGUGAGAGACCUUGUAACCUGGAAUUCCAUGAUUACUGGGUGUGUUAGAAGAGGACUAGCAAAUGAGGCUAUAAAACUCUAUCGAGAAAUGGAGGCAGAGAAAGUGAAGCCAAAUGAGAUUACAAUGAUUGGGGUCGUUUCUUCUUGUUCUCAGUUACAGGAUUUGAAUCUUGGCAGAGAAUUUCAUCAUUAUAUCAAGAGACAAGGGCUUGAGUUCACAAUUCCACUCAAUAAUGCGCUUAUGGAUAUGUAUGUGAAGUGUGGGGACCUGUUAGCUGCACGAGUUUUAUUUGAUAACAUGGCACAGAAGACCAUUGUUUCAUGGACUACAAUGGUUUUGGGAUAUGCUAGAUUAGGUUUUCUGGAUAUUGCUCGGGAGCUUUUAUUUAAAAUUCCAGAGAAAAGUGUUGUGCCUUGGAAUGCAAUGAUCAGUGGCUGUGUCCAAGCUAAGCAUAGUAAGGAGGCAUUGGCUCUAUUCCAUGAAAUGCAAAUUAGAAAAAUAGAACCUGAUAAAGUGACCUUGGUUAACUGUCUUUCUGCGUGCUCCCAACUAGGAGGACUUGAUGUCGGAAUAUGGAUUCACCAUUAUAUUGGAAAACACAGUAUUUCUCUAGAUGUUGUUGUAGGAACUGCACUAGUUGAUAUGUAUGCCAAGUGCGGAAAUAUUGCAAGGGCACUCCAGGUUUUCCAAGAGAUUCCUCAAAGAAACUGUUUGACCUGGACAGCCAUCAUUUGUGGUUUAGCACUUCAUGGGAAUGCUCAUGACGCUAUUUCCUAUUUCUCGAAAAUGAUUCAUAACGGAUUAAUGCCUGAUGAGAUCACCUUUCUUGGUGUCUUACAAGCAUGUUGUCAUGGAGGUUUAGUUGCAGAAGGCCGUAAAUAUUUUUCUGAAAUGAGCUCUAAAUUCAAUAUAUCUCCAAAGGUUAAACACUACUCAUGCAUGGUGGACCUUUUAGGAAGGGCUGGUCAUUUGGAGGAAGCAGAACAGCUUAUUAAAAGUAUGCCCAUGGCGGCUGAUGCUGCUGUGUGGGGUGCUUUAUUCUUUGCUUGUCGAGUACAUGGCAAUGUUCUAAUUGGAGAGAGGACAGCUUUGAAGCUUCUUGAGAUUGAUCCUCAUGAUAGUGGAAUUUAUGUUCUGCUUGCUAGCAUGUACCGUGAGGCAAAAAUGUGGAAGGAGGCAAGGAGUGCAAGGAAAAUAAUGGAGGAGAGAGGAGUGGAAAAAACGCCUGGUUGCAGCUCAGUUGAGAUCAAUGGCAUUGUUUAUGAGUUUGUGGCGAGGGAUGCAUCACACCCUCUGUCUGAAUGGAUUUAUGAAUGCCUGGUUUCAUUGACAAAACAACUGUAGCUUCUUGGAUUUACAGUGGGCACUCCUACUUAUUGAUAUAAUCGUUUUUCAUUAACUUGUCAGCCUGUUUACCAGGUCUCUUCAUAUUUAGUUAUACUCUUACCUUUUCAUUCUAUUCUAUCCAUAGGCUUCUAUCUACCUUAGAAAUGUAUAAGUGAACCAUGUCUCUUCAAUCCUUAAUCCUUUCACUCAAUCCUGAACCAUGCCUCACACAUAUGUAGUUAUACGCUUACAUAAAUAUGCAGAUUGUUGGAUUGUUAUUUAUGGCUAUAUUUCAGUGUCUGUCUUUUAAAACACAAAGACUUUCCCUGCUUGUCAUCAAAUAUUCUCUUGGUUAGCCAGCCAAACGUUUCCCAUAUCCUCUUCACCUGUAUAGAUUUUAUUAUGCUUCAGAGUUCAGAUGAGCCCUUAUGUUUUUUUAUUCCUGACUCCUGUAUCAUGUUAAGGAUACCUUCGAUUCUACUAAAUUGUGUCAAGUUUGUUAUGCAUUGCAAGGAUGAACUGGACUAUGUGUUUAUGCAUGCACUGGGUUUACUCUCCCAUUGUUGGAA